AUGAGGGUUCUUCUAAAAAUCCACAAGGCUUGGGAAGUUGUGGAAACAGGAUCAGACGACGGAGAGAAGAACGACAUAGCAAUGGGCCUCAUCUUCCAAUCCAUACCCGAAACGCUUAUCUUACAACUCGGAGAGUUAGAUACAGCGAAGAAGGUUUGGGACGCAGUCAAAACGAGGAACGUAGGAGCGGAGAGAGUCAGGGAAGCACGCUUACAAACCCUAAUGGCUGACUUUGAUCGAUUGAAGAUGAAGGACACCGAAACCAUAGAUGAAUACAGCGGCAAGCUGGCCGAAAUCUGUUCAAAGUCUGCAGCCUUGGGAACAAAUAUUGAAGAAUCUAAGGUGGUAAAGAAGUUUCUCAAGAGUAUUCCUCGGAAGAAAUACAUACAUAUAGUAGCAUCGCUUGAACAAGUACUCGACUUUAAUGCUACAAGCUUCGAGGAUAUCGUAGGACGUCUAAAGGCUUAUGAAGAGCGAAUCCAUGAAGAGGAAGAGGAAACUCAAGAGAAUCAGAACAAACUAAUGUAUGCGAAUACAGAAGCACAGACAGAUCGGAACUAUUCCAAAGAAAAUAGAAGCAGAGGUCGAGGAGGACGCUUCUAUAACAGAGGAAGAGGCCGAGGAAGGGCAAACGAGGCAAGGGACUUGUCGAAGAUAGUGUGCUACAGGUGUGACAAGUCAGGGCACUUCGCCUCAAAUUGCCCAGACAGGCUCCUUAAGUUACAAGAAGCACAAGAAACCGAUGCAGAAGAUACUCACAAAGCAGAGAAGCCAAUGGUUCAUGAAGUGGUGUUUCUUAACUAG